GGGGGGAGAGGACAGAUAAGCCAAGGGACUAUAUAUCCUGGAGCCUCCACUCGGGGAGCCAUGUGAGCGGCACCCCCAACCUCCAACCUCCACCUACUUCACACUACACCCCACGGUCCUGCACUCUGAGCUGGGGAGCACAACCAACCGAGGAUUUUUCUGCCCCCCACCUCCCCUCUCUACUCUCCUCCCUGGAACCUCUACUUCUUUCAGGAGAGGGGACUCUCCGGGCUCGGCGUACCCCCGGCGGGAGACACUCAUCUCGGGGCACUGGUCGGGCUGUGAGUGCCCCCCUGGUCUGGAGGCCAGCCAGCAGCACUCCAGCACCAUGGAUUACCUGCUUGGGAUUGUAGUGCUGCUGUGCGGGGCGGUGCAGCCUGGACGAGGAGUUGAGCCCAAGCACAACGUACCCAGGCUAAAGCUGUCAUACAAGGAGAUGUUAGACUCCAGUAACCUCAUCACCUUCAAUGGCUUGGCCAACAGCUCGAGCUACGACGCUUUCCUAUUGGACGAAGAGCGAGGGAGACUAUUGGUCGGAGCCGAAGACCACAUCUUCUCUUUUGACCUUGUCAAUAUCAACAGAGACCACAAACAGAUUGCGUGGCCCGCCACCCCCUCUAAGAGGGACGAAUGCAAGUGGGCAGGGAAAGACCUGGGGAAAGAGUGUUCCAACUUCAUCCGGGUUCUCCAGCAGUAUAACCAGACCCAUCUGUACAUCUGUGGCACGGGAGCCUUCCACCCCAUCUGCGCUUAUCUGGAAAUGGGCAAGAGGGCAGAGGACAACAUCUUUCGGCUGGCCUCGCAUUUCGAGAACGGCCGCGGGAAAAGCCCCUACGACCCCAAAAUGCUCUCGGCCUCGCUUCUGAUUGACGGAGAGCUGUACUCUGGCACAUCUGCUGAUUUCAUGGGAAGGGACUUUGCUAUUUUCCGUACGCUGGGAGAUCAUCAUCCAAUCAGAACAGAGCAGCAUGAUUCAAGAUGGCUGAAUGACCCCAGGUUCAUCGGCGUAAACUUGAUCCCCGAGAGUGACAACCCUGAAGACGACAAGAUCUUCCUGUUCUUCAAAGAGAACGCCAUGGACGGAGAGCACACCGGGAAGGCUACCAUCGCCAGGAUAGGACAACUGUGUAAGAACGACAUGGGAGGUCACAGGAGUCUGGUGAACAAGUGGACCACUUUCCUUAAAGCCCGACUAAUGUGUUCAGUCCCUGGGGUGAACGGCAUUGAUACACACUUUGAUGAACUACAGGACGUGUUUCUCAUGAGCUCCAAGGACCCGAAGAAUCCAGUUAUCUACGCUGUAUUCACCACAUCCAGCAACAUAUUUAAAGGCUCAGCAGUCUGUAUGUAUAACAUGGCAGACAUCAGGAGGGUUUUCCUGGGUCCCUACGCCCACAGAGAUGGACCCAACUACCAGUGGGUGCCCUUCCAAGGGAGAGUGCCCUACCCUCGUCCUGGCACUUGCCCCAGCAAGACAUUUGGAGGUUUUGACUCCACCAAGGACCUUCCCGAUGACGUCAUCACCUUCGCCAGAGGUCACCCUGCCAUGUACAACCCGGUUCACCCGAUAGGAGGGCGUCCCAUCAUGGUGCGGACGGACGUGGACUACCAGUUCUCCCAGCUGGUGGUGGACAGAGUGGAGGCAGAGGACGGCCAGUAUGACGUCAUGUUCAUCGGCACAGAUAUGGGAACAGUGCUGAAGGUGGUGACGAUCCCCAGAGAGAGCUGGCAUGACCUAGAGGAGGUUGUGCUGGAGGAGAUGACUGUCUUUAGGGAGCCUACCCCCAUUACUGCCAUGGAGCUGUCCACCAAGCAGCAACAGCUGUACCUUGGCUCGGCCCUGGGUGUAUCACAGAUGUCUUUACACCGUUGCGAGGUGUAUGGGAAAGCUUGCGCUGAGUGCUGCCUGGCCAGAGACCCUUACUGCGCCUGGGACGGUGCUGAGUGCUCAAGAUACUUUCCUACCGCCAAGAGGCGAACCAGACGACAGGACAUCAGAAACGGAGACCCUCUCUCCCAGUGCUCAGACCUUCAGCAUCACGAUGAUGCGGAUGGACUAGGGGGCAGCGUGGAGGACAGGAGUGUGUUCGGUGUGGAGAACAGCAGCAUGUUUCUGGAGUGCAGCCCCAAGUCUCAGAGAGCGCUCAUCUACUGGCAGCUGCAGAAGCCCAACGACGACCGCAAGCAUGAGAUCAAGCUAGACGACAGAGUGCUUCGUACGGACCAGGGUCUGCUGAUUCGCAGCCUGGCUCAGUCUGACUCCGGCGUCUAUCACUGCCAGGCGGUCGAGCACGGCUUCAUCCAGCCCCUGCUGCGCCUCAACCUGCAGGUCAUCCCCACCCAGAGGCUGGGCGACAUCCUACCUGGACUCCCCGGUGCCGGAGGAGGCGUGGGUCACUCGGCCAAACACAGGGUGUGGUACCGAGACUUCCUCUCUCUCUUGGACCAUCCGGAGCUCAACAGCGUGGAGGAGUUUUGCGACAGAGUUUGGAAGAAAGAGCGCAAACAGAAGAGGGUGAAGACGCCCAACGGCAACGGUCAGGGCAAACCUGACAGCGCCGGCAGUUCCAACCCGGUAAUACGGCCCAAAGCCUUGGCGCCCAAUGCUCAGAAGCAGCAAGCCAGUCCACCACAGAGCCGGCCCUGGCUUCAGGCUGGAGCUCCAACAGCGGAGGAGCCAGCACAGAACCAGAACACCCAGAAAGCUCAAUCAAAUCUGGGUAUACUGAGCAGCCAGGCACCUAAGAACAACCAGAAGACACAAAACGGCCAGAAGGGGCAGGGCGUCCCGGCUGGCUCUCCGGUUGGGGGCGGAUCUCGAGCGACGAGCCAGCACGCAAACAAGUGGAGACGGAUGCAGGAAAACAAGAAGGGACGCAACAGGAGGACCCAUGAGCUGCAGAGACCCCCACGUAGCGUUUGAGAAAAAAAAAAGAAAAGCACAGAGACGAACACAUUUAACCAGAGCUACACACACACAAGCACAAACCCAUGCAUUCACAUAAACACACACACAAACACAUCCGAUAGAUUGUGUGUCCGACGUAUGAUUCAGUGACCUCUUCAUAACAGCAGCCAGAACAACAACAACAACAACAAAAAGAAAAAACAUACUUUCUAGGUAGAAAUACAUGAACUGCACACAAUAAAACCUUCAUUCAGAGACACAAAUGCACAUAAACCUGUGAAGAUGAACAGAGGACUGAAAACUGGAAUGCAUACUGUAAAUGUGUGGCUGGUUGCCUUGGAUACUGCCUGGCAGACACUUCAACCUCCUGUACAUAAGCUACUAAAAUAAGACUGGGACUAAAGUGUUUAGUGAGGUGUUUGUUGGUAAGCAAAUGGACUUAAUGUGCUGAGAGGACAGUUGUGGCGACAUUAAUAGAUUUAUGGAAGCAAAAACUGCAGAACUGCUGCCCGCGUUUGAACCCGAGCAUGUGAACUGCGGGCGGGGGACGGAUUUUUAAAACGCUUAUUUCGAAGAACUCGCUUGAGGAGAAAAAGUAACAACAACCCUUAAAGGAGGAAAGAAAAAAGGGACUCACCUCGACGUGCGCACAGCUUGCACCAGUGGCUCUCAUGUUGUUUCAGAAACAGCAUCGUUAAGGAGGCGGGGGGGG